AUGUCCAUCGACAACAACUCGGACAUGACAGCGAUAACCCCCGCCGGAUACACAGAGUUUUUAAAGACUCACAUUAAUUCUUCCCAGUUAUUUUUCCCGUCUUUUGAUACAAGUGUUUCACAACAAUUGUAUGCACACAGCGACACAUCUGAUCCAACUAGCGAUGACUCCUUGUCCUUCAGGGAUUCCGAUAAUGAUGUAGUUGUGCAACUCAAAUGCCAACUUAUGGAACUACAACACACAGUAGCAAGUCUCCGCGCAGAUUUACUUAAGGUCACGAAUGAGAAAGCAUGUUUGAGCUCAACCUGCCAAGCAUUACAUAAUGUGAUUGUGAAUAUACGAAGCUCUGCGAGCUCUGUUGCAUCAAGCUCCUCAUCCUCGACCCCCUCCGAUGCACCCAAUACCACAGACGAACGAAAACCGUCUAUCAUACUGGAUGGAAUGACUGACGAAGAGUGCGAUCGAGAACUCGACCCGACAGACUAUCGAUCGGUGAAGUCAUGGACAAAAAAGGAGUGGCAAGAACACUUCCCACCAAGCACGUCAGCCGUACCUGGUUCUUCUUCGAAAAAAUCAGCACGUGGAUCCAAGCGUAUGGCACAAGGUAUCAAUGUAUCUUGUACUUACCUCCAGAACGAGGAUGGCAUACCUCUCUCAGCUCAGCGCGCCAAGGUAAUUCAGACAACAAUGUUGUCAUGCUUCCGUCAGCUACAUAACCAAGGACUGGCACCAGAAUCGAUCGGACAAGCUUCACUCGAUGUCAUCAAGUGGCUGGUUCACACGUUGCGGAAGGAAUACUUCGAACUUCGUCUUUGUGCUGACAAUUGGAAAACCACCAAGCUUAUGACCGACAAUUACUCCCAAUGGUACAACUACCACAUCAAGAAAAAGGGCAGCAAGCGCGUGAAGACUGAAUCCGAAGACAUGUGUUUUGAAGAAGAGAGCACCUCCGAGACGACGCCGAUCAUUACAAAAAGAAGUUCGCCUGAUCCUGACGAGAAUCAUAUGACAAAGCGACCACACAUUGAUUCCGAUAUGUCAUCCUCCUCAUCGUUGGAUGAAAUCGCAAGUUUUGUUUUACCAUCAAAAGAAGUCUUAACAACACUCCCUUUGCCACCACACAAUAGCACUGCACCUGACCGUGAGCCAACCCCACCACCACGAACGGACAAGGGCAAAGCAAAGGAAGUUAUUACCAUGGAGGUUAAAAACCCUCUUUUUAAUCUUGUUCUCAAACCUCGGCCCAGACCUAUUCCACCGCAACUUCCUCCGACUUCUAUCAAUUCUCCACCUUCUGAAUCCCACUCUGCUAUGAUACCGCCCUCCAACGAGAACACACCAGUCUCCUUGGAACUCGUUGGAACGACUCACACUGAACAAACGAAGACCGUGAUCGUGGUCGGCGACUCGAAGCCUAAUAGCAUUAAGAAGCGCCAGCCAAGCACCAAGCCAAUGCGGGUGAGCCCAAAGAUCACUGCGCGAAAUCUGUGUGCUCUCGACUGGCAAUCAAACGGCCAUCAAAAGGAACCAGCGACCAUUUUCGCAUCUUACUGGAAUGGGCUAUCUAAAGCCGACAAAGAAAUAUACAAGUGCAAGGCAGCUGUUCAGCUCAAAUCAGCUGCCAGUGGAGUCAGUACUACCAGCGAUGAUGUGGGCGUGGACGAGGAGUAG